AUGAAGGGCACAUUGAUCCUCUCCGGCCUGUUGGCCACUGUCGCCUCGGCUCAUAUGCAGCUUAGCAAGCCGUACCCCAUUCGCAGUCCCCUUAACAAGGAUAGCAAGGGGGAAAAGGACUACUCUUACACCAACCCGCUCUCCAGCUCCGGUAGCGACUACCCAUGCAAAGGAUACGCCAAUGAUAAAUUUGAAGCUGUCGCUACGUGGCAACCAGGCUCCUCACAAGAAAUGACAUUAGAAGGCAGUGCCGUGCAUGACGGUGGCUCAUGUCAGCUCUCCUUGACCUACGACAAGGGUAAGACCUUUAAGGUCAUUGAGUCAAUCGAGGGUGACUGCCCUAUCGCUAAGAAGUACCAAUUUGAGGUCCCCUCAGACGCACCAAGUGGCGAUGCUCUCUUCGCCUGGACCUGGUUUAACAAGGUCGGCAACCGCGAGAUGUACAUGAAUUGUGCUAUGAUCACCAUUGGUGGCUCCAACAAGCGCAGUGCUGCUGUCGACUCUAUGGAUCAAGAGGCCAACAAGGGCCCAAUGCACAAGCUCAACGAGAAGCCCACCGAGAAGGGGCCCAACAACCAUGCCGAUAACCAAACCAAAAAUGCAAAGAGCAGCUUUAGUAGCCUCCCUGAGCUCUUCGUUGCCAACGUGAACCAGGCUGGCAAGUGUGUGACCAUUGAGGGUCAGGCCGUUCACUUCCCCAAGCCCGGCCCCAAGCUUAUUGGUAAGGCCGAAGGUCCUGGCUACAAGUGCUCCGACCAUGCUCCAUUCCUCGACACCGACUCCAAGUCCGAGACGAAGCCCGCGACCACCGAAACCACCACUAAGUCGGAGAAGAAGCCCGCGACCACCCUUACCAGCGCUGCCAAGUCUGAGAAGAAGCCCAAUACCACUAGCACCACCACUGCCGCUAAAGCCGCCUCUCAGGUCUCCCAGGCCUUCGAAACGGCCGCUGCCGACGAUCAUGUUCGUGAGGCCUCCACCGAAGGUUCAGCCAAGAACCAAUUUAGCAAGUACGUGGUCGAAUGGUCUUGCCACUCUGGGGACAUUAUCUGUGCCCCCGACGGACUCUCCUUUGCCAUGUGCAGUAAUGGCAAACCCAUCUUCAUGGGCUCUGUUGCUGCCGGUACUAUCUGUCGCUCGGGCGUUAUUACUGCUCGCCAGUAA